GCCAGAGUUCUCUCGCCAAAGGAACAAGUAAUUGCUUGCCUGGUCCUCUCUUCUCUCUUUCCUUACAUACACCACUUCCAUACAUACCAUUCACAAGAUAUUCAGACCAAGAUGAUGACUGUCCAGAGAUGUGUGGGAGUUACCGCUGUUCUAGUGAUGACGAUGGCUUCUCUCGCCGAGGCUCUCACUAUUAACGAGACGGAUCCUUCGCGGCAGUCUGGCUUCCUGUACCUGACGCCGGAGCGGAGACUGGUGAUGCCCCCUGGAAGCAUUAUGGUCGUUACCCCCACCCUGAGUCUUCCGAUGGGCAGGAACCUUCCUAUAGGCUAUGGGGCGUCCAUGACUAUCUCCAUCCCCUUCAGAAUUAAUUUUGACGACCUUGGAUUGACAUCCGAAGAGAACAGGUGGGGUAUUAUUGAGGGAUUAGAUGAUCCAUCUCCAGGUGACUUGGCUGGUGGCGAGAGGGAGGUGAUGUAUAAGGUGGUGGAGGAGAGUCUGCAGUCAGUGGGCCUGGACGGAAAGGCCUGCCUUCUGCGCGCCAUGUGCGAGAUGUUCGAACUUCCUCUUCCGAACCACGGAUUCAUCGGCGAACUGCUUGACCUGUUCUUUAGCGCCAGCCGGGCUCCCAAGGGGAAGAACCGCUUGGAGGAUUACACCAAGGCGGAGAUGCGAGGCAAGACGGGCCAAGACUGUACGCCGUACCACGAGGCAUGCCCCUACUCAUUCUUCGAGGAUCCUGCAAGCAGUAAUUCGACUGGCAUUGGUGGCAGUAAUUAGUGUAUCCCACCAAUGGGUGACUGUCACGAAGCAAAAUUCGAGUUACGUCCUUAUUUAUGACUAUUUAACAGGAUAUGUUCAAAGGAAACUGGAACUCUGUUUACAACAUAUUGUUGUGCUCUCAUCUAAAUAGGUUAUUCACAUAGAGUAUGUUCAGUAUUGGUGCUGGUUGUCUGCAAUACAGCGUGUAGCCUUGACUCGGCAACGUAGUAAAAUAUUCCAGGGCUUUGCGAUAACAAUCAGUUGGACGACUGGCGGUGUGAUGCAACGCCCGUUCUCCAAACACCUCCAAACAUAUUCUGUGAAGGCGACGCGUUUGACCUGCUCUCUGGAGGCCGCGGAGGAGGUCUGAAUAACAGACAGUGUAUGACCUUGUGAUCUCGUGUUUUAUUUUUAUCAUGAGUAUGUUCCAGUGUCCCUAUUUUUGUUACAUGUUUUUAAUAUAAUAAAGCUUAUGACUUAA